CGCAUUGUGUUUUGUUGGGAGGUUUUUUUAAGCCCGGCGUCCGGAAGAGAGUUUAGAACAAAACAAACAGUUCAGACUUAAAAAUAAAGUCUGGAUAAUGCUGGAAGGCGUAGUAAUAAACAGUCGGCAACAUGUUGGACUCCAGAAACUCUCAGCACUUUCAGGAAGAAUACGGUCCUCUGUUGGUCCGUUUAAAAACUACAAGUUCAUCCAAGAUGAAUCGAGUGGGGACUCAGUUCUGGUGUGCUCAUGCUUUCGUAUCAUUGAGAACCUGGAACCUACAUGCACGGUGGGUCAGCUGGUUUAUGAGACUGUUCGAGCCCAUCAUCAGCGGUACCGCACAGGGUCUGGCUGCUUGCUGUUUCUUGCAGGAGCUUGGAGCUGUGCUGCAUUGGAUAGCCUCCAGAGAGGCAUUUCAGUUAAGCACAUAAUCACAGCUAUGUCUGAGGGGAUUGAUAUUUGCUUGGAUGUUUGCAAGAAAUUUUCAGUUUCAAUCAAGGACCUCACUGUAAUGGAGAAAUGCACUGCUGCACCUGGAGGUACAAAGAAACCUUCUACCACCGUAUCAAAAGAGAUGGCAAACCUCCAUGUCAAGUGUCUAAGCAAGAGUGAACAAAGAAAGGUUAAGCUCAGCAGACAUUUUUGUGAGACCAAGUCUGAAAUGCUCUCCACAGUUUGGCAUCCUGAUCAGCCUGACAUGAUAGUCAUUGCUGAGUCUUUGAGCCAUGGUUGUGAAAAGGCUAUGGAAUUGGCAGUUGAAGCUGCUCAGAUGCUGUUAAGGACAAAUCAACAACGUAUCAGCGAUCCCUUGUUUGACAUUUCAAAAAUGUUAACCUGUCUUGUUUCUGGUUUACCAGAGGACUGCGCAUGUGUUGUUGAAGGCUGCAUUCUUCUUUUAUCUGACGAGCAGGCUGUAGUUGCUCAUGUGGUAAAACAACAACCCCUGAAAAUUGCUCUUAUUACUGGAGAUCUGUCUCAGACCUACCGCCAUCUGGGCUUCAAAGGCCUACCAGGUGAACAAUGUGUGCGUGAGGACAUGGAUUUGUCAGCUUCAAGCAAAGAGGAUGAAUGGGUGGAUAAGGUUGUGAAACUACUCUUGAACCUGGAAGUGAAACUGGUACUAACUGCUGGCCUUGUCAGCCAGAAGGUCAUCCAGCACUGUUGUAGGCAUCAGAUUCUCGUGGUGGAAAAGGUCAACUCUUCUGUUUUGAAGACUAUUGGCAGCUCAACUGGAGCUAUUCCAGUAAACUAUGCCACGCAGUUAACAGAGUCUUGUGUCGGUGAUGGUGUUAAUGUUGAGAUCUGGAGGGACCUCAGCAGCUAUGAGAGGAAAUCUUUAACAGCUGUGAACAUUUCCACUGGCAGGAAUAGUGGGCUGGUCACAGUGGUUGUAACAAGUUGCGUACAUGGCAAGCUGCAAGCCCUGGAAGACCAGUUCUGGGCCUGUGCGUACCGUUUACACCAUGCACUGAAAGAUGGAAGCCUGUUGCCUGGUGCUGGAGGGACCGAGGUGCUUUGUGUUCAUCAGCUACAAAAGCAAGCAGAACACAACAGGGUGAAAGACAGCAAAACUGGGUCAGCAGCAAACCUCUACAGAGGUCUCGUGCUACAACUCAUGGCAGAUGGUUUAAUAGAUUACAUAACGGCUGUAAUGGUUAACACCGGAAGGUUCUCAGCAGCCAAUGCUAGGACUAUUGUCAGCAAGCAACUGACGGAAUUUCACAGAGAUGAAAUAAGCACAGGGAAGUUUUUACAACUUGUUUCGCAGAGCAAAAGAGAGGAUGUAGGUUUCUCAGCAGUGGAACCAGAUGAAACACCAGCUUUCAACAUCUAUGAUAACUUGAGUGUGAAGCAGGAAGCUUGGAGGAAAGCUUUAGACCUAGUUUUUCUAGUUCUACAGACAGAUGCAGAAAUCAUCACUGGAACUAGCCAGAAAAAUGAGGGGAAUCUGAUGUUGCUUUGA